ACAUUUGGCACAUUGCUCACUUGGUAGUAGAUAAUGCUCCGUUGGCCGUUGGGUUAUUAGCUUUAAUUGUGAAAUCGGUUGUUAAUUGUGGGUAUGGACGAAUCCUCGCGUCAACGCAUCGAAGACUGGCACCUGCGCCCGCCAAGCGAUGCGCGCACAACGAAUGUGCCGGCGGCGCCAAAAUCAGCGCCGGAUAACAAAUCUCGCAAAACGGAAUUGCACGUGCUGCGGUUGAGCGAUGAGUCACAGCAGCUGACCAUGGACACGUUGCGUGCCAUACACGGUCCAGACUUUAAGCUGGACGAUAUUGGCAAAUACAAGGAUCGCGGACGCGGCGGUAAGGGCAUUAAACAUGCCUAUUGGGAGGAUCGCGGCACACUGCAGGUGCAAAGUGUUCAGGGCGUCAGUGGGGCCAGCAACACUGCCGAUGAUGACCGGAUGCGUCGCUAUGCGCUGCUCAAGCUGGAGAAUUAUGGUUUCCAUCCCGUCCACUGUCUGGAGGCCUAUGAGCAUUGCUCUCACGAUACGGAAGCGGCACUGCUACUGCUCUAUAGACGCUAUAUGCGCGUGCCCAGCGAUGAGAAGCCCGAGCUGGAGCCGCCCGAUGAGUCCGCACUGCUGGACAUGCGCGCCGACGAGAAGGAGGCGCUGCAAUCCAUCUACGAUCGUGCGUACGAGGAGCGCGAAUACAACAGCGUGUGGAAUCUGAAGUUUAAGAUCGAGCAUCUGCUGGCACACAGCCCCUCGGAGGUGCGCAAGGCGCGCGAAGCGGCUCUCGCGGCGACAGCGGCCGCUCGUCAGGCGGUAUUGGACAAAAAGAAAAAGGCGCCGCAACGUUGUCGCAAUUUCGAUCGUGAUGGCACCUGUAAGUUUGGACCCAAAUGCCGAUUUGCGCAUGUGCCGCCACAGCCGGAGGCGUCUGGGACGCCGGAGCGCAAGCGUGCUGAGAAUCUGGAUGAGAAUGAAAACGAGCUGUGGUUCCAUGUAGAGGUGCGCUUUCCACCCGGCAGCCGCUAUCCCUACGAGGCGCCCUACAUCUACCUGAAGACCACCUGUCACGAUAUACCGCAUGAGCUGCGCCUGCGCUUUGCGCGCCAUUUGUAUCGUGAGGCGCGACAGAUUUGCCGAGAUGGCACACCCUGUGUUUACAGCGUCUGCGAGCUGCUGCAAACGGAUGAGGGAUUGGUCGGUAGUCUGGACACAGCACGUUUUCCCUCGCCCAAACGUUCGCUCUUUUUCGAUGAGCCGACGAAUGGCGCCGAUUUGGAUGCCAAUUUGGAGGGUGCCGCAGCAGCCGCACGGCCCAGCCACUACGAGCGUGGCCAGACGGCGCGCAACGACGGCGGCGCCCAUCAACGCAAUGCCACGGAGCUGGCGCGCGAAAAUCGCCGACUGCUGCAGCUGUUCAACGAGCGGCGUCGGGACGAACGCUAUCACAAGCUGAUCGAGGCCCGUCGCAAGUUGCCCGCCUUUGCCGAAAUGGAGCGCAUACUGGCGCUGAUUGACAGCAACCAGGUGGUUGUCAUUUCCGGUGAAACGGGCUGUGGCAAGAGCACCCAAGUGCCGCAGUUCAUACUGGACAAUUGGUUCUUUCGGGCAACACAGCUGCCGCCCAAAUCGGAUCUGCCGCAUGUGGAGAUUCUGUGCACACAGCCUCGCCGGAUCUCGGCUAUUGGUGUGGCGGAGCGUGUCGCCGCCGAGCGCUUGGAUCGCAUUGGCCAGCUGGUUGGCUACCAGAUACGACUCGAGAACAAGAUCUCGCCUAGCACACGCUUGAGCUUCUGCACAACGGGCAUACUGCUGCGCCGGCUGGCCUCAGAUCCCCUGCUGAGCAAUGUCAGCCAUGUCAUUGUGGACGAGGUGCACGAACGGUCACAGGACUCGGACUUUCUGCUGCUCAUACUCAAGAAUAUACUGCGGGAACGUAAGGAUCUCAAAGUAAUUCUCAUGUCUGCCACGCUAAAUGCGACUCUCUUCUCCGAUUACUUUGGUGGUGCGCCCGUGCUGGAUAUACCGGGACGUACGUUUCCUGUGCAGCAGCUCUUUCUCGAGGACAUACUGGACUCCUGUGAUUUUGUGAUGGAAUGCGAUACGAAAUAUUGUCGCAAGCUCAAAAAGAAGGAGCAGGAUGUGUUGGAGCAAUUGCUGGAAUUUGCUGAUAUUCAGGCAUCCAGCGAACCGCCUGGCCAAAAGAUCAAAGACGAGAAUCUUACACUGGCGGAGACAUAUUCCCGCUAUGCGGACUACAGCAAGACGACGUGCAAGAGCAUCUACCUCAUGGAGCCCAUGAUGAUUAAUCCCGAGCUAAUUGAAUCCGUUCUCAAGUACAUUGUGGAGGGCGAGCACGAAUGGCCGCACGAGGGCAGCAUACUCAUCUUCUUGCCGGGCUUCCAGGAGAUACAGACGGUGCACAAUGCGCUGCUGGACAGCGCAAUGUUUGGGCCGCGUGCUGGCAAAUUUGUGCUGGUGCCGCUGCACUCGGCUCUUUCGAGCGAGGAUCAGGCGCUGGUCUUUAAGCGUGCGCCGCCCGGCAAACGUAAAAUUGUGCUCAGCACCAACAUUGCCGAAACAUCGGUCACCAUUGAUGACUGCGUCUUUGUGAUCGACUGCGGCCUGAUGAAGGAGAAGGGCUUUGAUUCGAAUCGCAAUAUGGAAUCAUUGGAUCUGGUCUGGGUAUCGCGCGCCAAUGCCAAGCAGCGUAAGGGCCGUGCUGGACGUGUCAUGCCCGGCGUCUGCAUACAUUUGUAUACUGGCUUUCGGUAUCAGCACCAUAUACUGGGGCAGCCGGUGCCAGAGAUACAGCGUGUGCCGCUCGAGCAGAUUGUGUUGCGAAUCAAGACGCUGCAAACGUUCGCGUCGCGCAACACACUCGCCGUUUUGCUGGAGACACUGGAGGCACCCAAAGAGGACAGCGUGCUGGGCGCCUUGAUGCGUUUACGUGAUGUGGGCGCAUUGGAUGCCGAGGAUCAGCUGACACCGUUGGGCCAUCAUUUGUCCGCCUUGCCCGUAGACGUGCGCAUUGGCAAACUGAUGCUGUACGGCGCCAUCUUCCAGUGCCUGGACAGCGUGCUCACCAUUGCCGCCUGCCUGAGCAAUAAGUCGCCCUUUGUCAGUCCGCUGAACAAACGCGUCGAGGCCGACAAACGCAAGCGUCAAUUUGCGCUCGAUCACAGCGAUCAUUUGACCGUGCUCAAUGCCUACCGCAAAUGGCUCGUCGUGGCCAAGCGCGGCCACUAUGGGGCCAGUCGGAAUUAUGCGAGUGAGAAUUUUUUAUCGAUCAAUACGCUGGAGACAAUUGCGAACCUAAAGUAUCAGUAUCUGGAGCUGCUCGUCUCCAUUGGUUUUGUGCCCAUCAAUGUGCCGCGCAAGCGACCCAAUUCCAGCGACAAUAUACUUCAGUUAACAGGCCACGAACAGAAUGUGAACGGUGAGAACAAUCGCCUGCUCACAUCGCUGCUCUGCGCCGCCUUGUAUCCGAACGUCGUCAAGAUAAUGACACCGGAUCGCAUCUAUAUACAGACCGCUGGUGGAGCUGUGCCACGCGAGCCGGGCCAUCAGGAUUUGCGCUUUAAGACGCGCGGCGAUGGCUAUGUGCGCAUACAUCCAUCAUCGGUCAACUCUCAGGUGGCCGUCUUCCAGGCACCGUUUCUUGUCUACCAGGAGAAGGUGUGCACUAGCUCCAUUUAUAUACGCGACUGCUCCAUGCUGCCAUUGAUUGCGCUUGUGCUCUUCGCUGGCUCCGAUUUCAAAGUGGAACUCCAUGACGGCGACUUUCUCUUUCUGCUCGAGAGCGGCUGGAUCAUAUUGAAGGCGCACAAUCACGAGACCGCCGAACUGGUCCAGUGUCUGCGCACCGAGCUGAUCAAGCUGCUUGAGGAGAAGAUACGUGAUCCGUGCCUUAAUUUGCUGCACCACAAGAACGGCUGCAAGAUCAUCGCCAACAUAACCCAUCUAAUCAGCAACAAUUACUGAUGGCCGCUAUUCACUCACAGCAUGCUCAUUGUUUUCGGCUUUUGCUUUUUUUUUGUAUUUGUAUUUGUAUUUGUAUUUGUAUUUGCAUUUGCAUUUGUACAAUUAGCCAAGUUAAUACAUAGCCAAUUAAGCCAAUUCAUCGAGUCAUUAACACCUGUUUGCAAAUCAUUUUUUAUAUUUUAUAUACAGGAGUACAAUACAAAUAUAUACAAAUAUACAAAUAUACAGUCGAAUGUUUAACCAAA